UGCAUCUGCAGCAGCCUGAACCACAAGCAACAGUCACUCUGGGCAGCCGUGACCUGAAACGGCUUCAACUAUGAAGUUCGUUCGCUGUAUUAUGAAAAACGCCGCGCUGGCGAGUGUUCCUAAACAUAUUGAGCAUUUUUCUAAAUUUUCCCCUUCGCCGCUCUCCAUGAAGCAGUUCCUCGACUUCGGAUCCAUCAACGCCUGCGAGAAAACUUCGUUCGCCUUCCUGAGACAGGAGCUGCCGGUGCGGUUGUCAAACAUCAUGAAGGAGAUUAACCUGCUGCCGGACAAGCUGCUCACGACACCCUCGGUGCAAACUGUGCAAGGAUGGUACAUCCAAAGUUUGAUGGAGAUUCUGGACUUUCUCCACAAGAACCCCGAUGACCACAAAGUCCUUGGAGAAUUCGUGGACGCUUUGGUGACCAUCCGGAACCGGCACAACGACGUAGUACCCACUAUGGCGCAAGGCGUCAUGGAAUACAAGGAGGUCUUCCCGCAGGACGCUGUCACCAAUCAGAACAUUCAAUACUUCCUGGACCGCUUCUACAUGAGCCGCAUCUCCAUUCGCAUGCUCAUCAACCAACACACGCUCAUUUUUGACGGAACAACCAAUCCGGUGCACCCUAACACUAUCGGCAGCAUUGACCCACAUUGCCAAGUGGGUGACGUGGUGAAGGAUGCCUUCCAUAGCGCCAAGAUGCUUUGUGAACAGUACUACCUGCGCUCGCCUCCUCUCAUUCUACAAGAACUGAACACCAAGAAGAUUGGGCAGGCGAUCGACAUCGUAUAUGUGCCGUCGCACUUGUACCACAUGCUCUUUGAGCUUUUUAAGAACGCCAUGAGAGCGACCAUUGAGACCCACGAGAACCGAGAUCUGCCACCCAUUCAGGCACUGGUUUCUCUUGGAGGAGAGGACAUGUCCAUUAAGGUGAGCGACAAGGGCGGCGGUGUUCCCUUUCGCCGUAUCGACAACUUAUUCAGCUACAUGUACUCCACCGCGCCGGCGCCGCAGAUUGGAGAAGAUGCCCGGCCACCGCUGGCUGGUUUCGGCUAUGGGCUUCCAAUCUCACGUCUCUACGCCAAAUACUUCCAGGGCGAUUUGCAACUCUACUCCAUGGAGGGCCACGGAACCGAUGCGGUCAUCUACUUAAAGGCGCUGUCGACAGACUCCAUCGAGAGGCUCCCGGUGUACAACAAAACGGCGCUGAGGAACUACAAAGUAAGCCAGGAGGCUGACGACUGGUGCAUCCCCAGCAGAGAACCUCUGGAUCUGAGCAACUACAAAGUGGCCAAGUGAAGCUGCGUCGAAGGCUUUUACAUCCCCCUCUGCGAUCACGGACCAAUCAGACAAGUGCCUCACGCUUCAGUCAUAGGAGUAGCAUGUUGUUUUCGCCACGGAAGACCGGAGGAUGAAAAAAACCCCUAAAAAAAUGGCGAGCAUCGCCGGUCCACACAGCAUGUCGCCGGCCAGAACAAGGACGCUUUAAGUUGCCAAGAUAGAGGCCCACCGCCCAGCUCUUUGAACAAAUAUCAGUCAUGUGACGUCCUUGCCAUAAGUCAUGUGACAGCCUCAUUAUUUUUAGCAAACGGUGCCUUGAUGUGUGUUCAAGAAUAUGUGAAUGUGAUUUUUAUAACUUCAUUCAGUUUAAAUAAUUGUACAUACUGUAAAUAUGACACAUAAGUUAAAUAUUAAAAAGAUACAACGACAACACAAGGGCACUCAUUUUUC